UCAAUGGAGUCGCUGCGUGUUUCUGGAAUUACUGACAUUUAUGAAUAUUCAUUACUAGAUCGGGUUAUGUUAAUCGAUCUCAAUGGUUUAUAAUCAGAUUUCAGCCGUUGUUUACUGACAGUAAGACGCUCAUAUGCGUGUUUAGCACGGCGUUAAGAUUCCCCGCGGCCUGUCAUUAAUUAAGUGUGUGGACUCAUGUGAAUAUGGCAGAAGAGGGAGCGGCUGUGAUGCAGCAGAUUGUGGACAGGAGUUGUUGGGUGUGUUUUGCCACAGAUGAGGAUGACCGUACGGCGGAGUGGGUGCGUCCGUGCCGCUGCCGUGGUUCGACUAAAUGGGUUCAUCAGUCGUGUCUUCAGCGCUGGGUUGAUGAGAAACAGAGGGGCAACAGCACCGCACGUGUCACCUGCCCACAAUGCAAUGCUGAAUACCUUAUCGUGUUCCCUAAACUUGGGCCGGUGGUGUAUGUGCUGGAUUUGGCAGACCGGUUGAUCUCGAAGGCCUGUCCGUUUGCUGCGGCCGGUAUCAUGGUGGGGUCUAUUUACUGGACGGCCGUCACAUACGGCGCGGUGACUGUCAUGCAGGUUGUGGGUCAUAAGGAAGGUCUGGAUGUGAUGGAACGAGCCGACCCUCUCUUCUUGUUGAUUGGUCUACCAACUAUCCCAGUUAUGCUAAUUCUAGGGAAGAUGAUUCGCUGGGAGGAUUAUGUGCUCCGCCUCUGGAGGAAAUACUCCAAUAAGCUUCAGAUCCUCAACAGUAUUUUCCCAGGUAUUGGCUGCCCAGUGCCGAGGAUCCCGGCGGAGGCCAGUCCGCUGGCCGAUCAUGUGUCUGCCACACGCAUCCUGUGCGGCGCCCUCGUGUUCCCCACCAUCGCCACCAUCGUAGGUAAACUGAUGUUCAGCAGCGUCAACUCAAAUCUUCAGAGGACCAUUCUGGGUGGCAUUGCCUUUGUGGCUAUUAAAGGGGCUUUUAAGGUUUAUUUCAAGCAGCAGCAGUAUCUCCGACAAGCUCAUCGCAAGAUCCUCAAUUUCCCCGAGACGGAGGAGGCCUGAGCUCAUCAUCAAACCUCUGCUCGAUUCCAGACUUUUCACUGACGCUGGAUUCGGUGAUUGUGACUGCUGCGUUUGGAGUUUGAACAGUGAUU